CGGGGCUCCGCGUUGUCUGAGCCGGGCUUGCGACCUCGCCGGCCAGCGGGAAGUCAGGGCUGCGCUUCCUGCCCCCGGUUCUUUUCCUAAGUCGAAGCGGUUUAAUGUAGGGUCCGGUAGGAUGUAGGAGGAGUUGGAAUUUCCCCUCCUUCCGGUGCUCCCUGCUUUUAGUUAUCAGCACUAACCUUUAUUUGUCAUUGUCCCUAACCUCCUUUGGCUCCUGGAACACUUUGGUCCCGUGGGACCUGACUGAUGGGCCCGUUUGUCACCGUGGGGGCCCUUCCAUCAUUCCUCCUCCUCCUCCACGAAGUACCCAAGUAACAGCAAGCCUGUCUGGAAUGUGGGAUAGGUGAAGGGAAGUGGGGCUGUGUUUCCAUAGCUUCCUCACCAUACACUCCAUCUUAAAGGAGAGGAAGUGAAAACUCACCCAAGUGAAUAGUUCCUCAGAUUUGAAACCUCCUGAUGAGGCCGUUGUUAGUGUAAUGCUUUGGGUGACAGCAGCAUGGCUCACAUCGAGUUGCUUGGGCCUUAGAGUUGAAAUCCUUUGAGCUGUAGGAUGGUACCCAGAAGAGACUGAUGCAGCUUUCCAACCUCACAGCAAGGUGCUUUAAAACAGGCUCCUAAAAAGAUGAUCUGGUUGUAUGGGUGUCCAAAUCUGUUUCUAGGCAUUGUGUGCCAAAGUACAGUUUGGGGGGGCUGUCUUCCAUAUUCUUUUUGAAAAACGUUGGCCGUGGGUGCUCUGCAUCGUGCUUCCUACACCCUGGAUGGAUGGUGAUGGCUCUGUGGUAGGAGAAAGUGACUGACAAGAGUGUUUUGUGAUUUUCCUAUCUUUGUCUGGCGUUGAGUACAAGCUAGGUGAUUCUUUCCAGCACAUCUCAGCAAGCUAUCAACUCAUAUGUAGAGUGUUGUGAGUCUCUGAAGCACCUUAGCAGUUUCUUUCCCUCUUUCUAGAAGGCCACGUGUCCCAGGAAAACAUCGCUUUUCUUGGCACAAGAAUUAAGUGGCCUCAGGACCGGCAGCGGAUUCCCGACCUCCUGCUGAGUGGCUGCAGCACCCUUAAAAUGUCCCAAAGGGAGAAGUAAACUAGUGGAUGUCUUUGAAAGGCUGCCUUGCCAUGGGAGGCAGUGACAGGGAGAGCGCCAGGCUCGCCUGAGCCAGGGGAGGUACAUCCUGUGGAGUGUGAAAAACACGGUUGCCUCAUUGUUCCUGCAAGACCUUCCAUUAUUUUCAGUUUGUUUAUUUGGUGAAGCUUUGCCAAGUUUAGAAAUGAGCAGAAAUCUAAACUCCCCGCUGGGGCUGGGCUGUGGGACUCACUUGCAGAAGUACCUGGAAAACUUGUCUCUUCCUUCCUGGAAAUUCAGCAAAGAGUUAGCGUUCCCAGGCUGUUGGAGCUCUUCCAUGUUCAUGGAUAAUAUUUGAUAUGUGCCCUGUAAAUCCUGCCCUGGGACUCGGUGACCGGUGGGGUGCCUGAUGCCGGUAAUCCCCAUUCCCCGCCGGGUCCGCUCGUUCCACGGCCCCCACACGACCUGCCUGCACUCGGCCUGUGGCCCGGUGAGGACCACUCACUUGGUGCGUACCAAGUACAACAAUUUCGACAUCUAUCUCAAAUCCCGAUGGAUGUAUGGAUUCAUCCGUUUCCUGCUGUACUUCAGCUGCAGCCUGUUUACCUCCAUCCUCUGGGUGGCACUCUCUAUCUUGUUUUGCCUUCAGUACCUUGGCAUCCGGAUCUUUCUGCGUUUCCAGUACAAACUCUCCAUCAUCCUCCUCUUACUGGGGCGAAGGCGUGUAGACUUCAGCCUCAUGAAUGAACUGCUCAUCUAUGGGAUUCAUGUGACCAUGCUGCUAGUGGGGGGGCUGGGAUGGUGUUUCAUGGUAUUUGUGGAUAUGUAAAUAAAACAAGCGCAUGUGGGCUCGGUGACUUUUCUUCUACCCCCAAACGUGUC